UUCCCUGAAUCAUUGAGUUCACCAUAUCCUCCUAUUCAAGUGAUAGUUACAUGGGCCCAAAUUAUUUUCUUUCCCUCAUUCGAUCCAACCCAUAUUCAAGUUGCGUCGGCCCAAAUUAUUUUCUCUCCAUUAUCUUCUCUCUCUCUGUCUCUCUCUCUUACAGAGCUUCUUCGAACAUUCAAAGUCAAGCAAGUCACAAAACCCUAACCUUAACUCUCCACAAAACCCUAACACAUACACACACACAUAUAUGCUAUUGAUGGUUUUGUAAUUUGGUUCCUUUAACUAUGGAGGUUUCAAAUUUCCACGCGCCGUCAGUGAAACCUUGGCUUAAUCGACCCAUUUCCUCUUACAAGGGAACUGUAUCUUAUAUCAGGGACUUUAGUACCUUUCCAUUUCCAUGCAUUAAUCAGUCGUGGGUGCUUCAUCACCCCUCAUCACCACGUAUGAAGCAACACAAUUUAGUUUUAGUCGGUAGUUUUGGACGAGAAAAUGGGAAAUGGGCCUUGCCUAAUCACCGCCAUUGCAGUUGGAGAACUGCCAAAUACACCCCCCAUCAAAAAGCUUCUCGUUCAUAUUCAUUCAAACUGUGUCAAGUCAAAAGCGAGGACUCAGAGGGAACUAUGAGCGGUGAAAGCAUCAUUCUAGACGAGCAACAGACAUUAGAGCGAGAGCUACAGAUUGCCAUACAGGAAGAGAAUUAUGCACAAGCUGCAAAAAUCAGGGACAGCCUCAGAGUUCUCCAGGAGGAUGGCAAAGCCUCUGUACUAGCAGCAAAUGCUCGAUUCUACAACUCAUUCAAGAAUGGCGAUCUUGCUUCCAUGCAAGCCCUUUGGGCAAAAGAGGAUAACGUGUGUGUCGUCCACCCUGGUGUGAGCGGCAUAUCUGGUUACGACCUCGUAAUGGGUAGCUGGGAAUUUGUAUGGGCUGACUACGAAUUCCCACUACAGAUUGAGAUCAAGGAUGUUCAAGUUCAUGUUAGAGGUGAUUUAGGGUAUGUUACGUGUAUCGAAUUGGUCAAGACGAAGGGCAGCAGCUGGGGAAGACAGUUUGCGACUAAUGUGUUUGAGAGGAUUAAUGGCCAAUGGUUUAUCUGUAUUCACCACGCGUCACACGUUGACUUGUGAAGUGGUGUAGUGGUGUAUCGGGUAGUGGAAUCUUAUAGACAAUUAACUAUCUGAUGAUCAUGCGAAUUGGUUGCGAUAUCUUUACAUUGUAUGAGUGGAAACCUCGUUUUGUUUGUAAUUCAUGUAUCGAGUGUUUGAAAGUUUUCUGUUUCUAGGAAGUCAAGUAAUAAACAGUUCGAUGAUAUCAACAGCGAGUACAAUGGAUAUAUUCGACUCAUUUUGUAUAGUUCUUUGGCCCUGUUUGGUAAGGCUUAUUUCCAGUUUA